AUGACAGAGCACUCAAUCAAAGCGGAAGACGACACUGGCGCGGAUCCAUCAAGUAGCAUGAUUAAUAGCAGCAGCUGCAAUAUCCCAUCGCCUAUGCUGGGCAGUGGUCGAAAACGCAAGCAGGAUUUACAAUACCCAGGGAAUGGAUCAUUUACAACAAGCGAUUCGUGGCCUACAACAACAACAACAACAACGUCAGUCGAUGGUAAUAAUCCAACAACGUCGUUUGAAUAUCCACCUAUUUCUUCAUGGAGUAGCAGCAGCAGCAACACGCAGCAAUACAAGCAUUCGUCACUAUUACACGAUGAUCAUCCUCAUGAUACACCACUCAUAGUUGAUGAGCACCAUCAUCAAGGAUCACCUCUUUCUUUCGAGUUCCUUCCUUCCAGCAAUGAUUUUCGUACCAGUAACAGCGAUCAACAUGCUUCCUUGUUUGAGUUGCCAGCACUGCAGCAUGAUCCAGGAGACGUCAACAAUACGUCGUCAUCAGGUGGUCCAUCUUCUCUACGCCAUCAGCCAUUGCGAUUGACCGACUUGGCCACUCUUAAUGAACGCAAUCAGCAGCACUUGAUUCAGUCUUGGGUCGGUGGAGGUGACAAUCAGAGUAAUAGUAGUGGUGAAGGAGGACGAGCAGGUGGUGUUUUAGAAGGUGCAUCAUCAGUGACCCAGCGUCAUUCACCUGGCAAUACAACACCUUCUUUGUUCUCGCCAAGUUUCCUUGAAUCCCUUCAACAAGAUGACGAUCGAUCCCCGCAUCCACAACAACAUGAGUUUAUGCAACAACAAGAUCAUCCACAUCAUCCACAUUCAGCAGGAUUCGCAUUGCAUCAUCAUCACCACCAGCAGCAGCAGCAACAAGAUUGGUCACAACAUGAUCACACAUUUCCAGAGUUUGCUACUCCCAACUUUUCAGUCGACACAAUGAUGCCCGAUCGAGCACGGACCAACAGCCAUAAUGAUUCGCUUCAUUUCUUUGCCAGCUCAAGUACCAGCACUACAUCAACGCCACCACCACCUCUUUCACCUACACGUUCUCUCUCUUCACCAUCACCAAUGUAUGGUCGUCUUUCCAAUCUAUCCCUGAGGUCACGUCCCAAUAGUGCCAAUAGCAACACUCAACAAUUGCCACCACCUACCAUUCCCGAAGAGGAUGAUUAUUCACGCACUGUAUCAUCAGCCUAUGACAUCUCGAGGCAAUUCAAAGGCACUGGUGGCAGUGGUGGUCUUGUAACAGCAUCAGCACGCAUGUUACACAACAAUGCCAAUGCGGCUCGAUUGAGACCCAUCAUCAAUAGUUACUUGCAGUCCCCUGAUCCUGCCGCCGCUGGUGAAAAGAUGGUCAUCAUCAUGACGAGCAAGGUUGCUCAAAAGAGCUAUGGAACAGAAAAGAGAUUUCUAUGUCCUCCUCCUACAGCGAUUCUCGUUGGCACAUCGUGGUGGAACAAAGGAUACAAUGAACAUGAUCGUUUGGAGCAUUCGCCACCAUCGUUAACAGUGUGUAUUUCGGGUGAAGCUACAAGUCAAACCGGUCAAGUGGAAUGGUAUUCGACUACAGGGAAAACAUUGGGUCAAACAGGGCAGCAACAUCAUCAUCCUAAAACAAAUACAUCGCCCACCACCACAUCACCUCCCAAUUCACGUUCUGAUCCCGCUACAGCAGCAGCAGCAGCAGCAAAUCGUUUCCGUAGCAACAGCAUGACAGCAACAACGAGCGGAGUUGAUUGGCAACAUAAUCAUGAUAUGGAACCAGUGGCUGCAGGACGUUGUGUCGCCAAGAAUCUCUACAUUAAUGAUGCGGACGAGAAACGAAAGCGAGUUGAAUGUCUUGUACGGAUCCAAACUGGUGGAAAUGUAUUGGGGACAUUGGCCAGCAAGGGGAUUAAGGUCAUUAGCAAACCUAGCAAGAAACGUCAAAGCGUCAAGAAUAUGGAACUAUGCAUUCACCAUGGAACCACGGUGUCCCUCUUUAACCGUAUACGCUCGCAGACCGUGUCAACAAAGUACCUUGGUGUACAAUGUGGUAAUGCAGCAUUCACAGUACCUGGAUACAAUGAAACGGGUGGCAACGGUGGUGGUGACAAGGAAGGCACGUGUUUUGUGGCGCGCACAACGAGUUGGGAUCCCUUUGUGAUUUGGAUUGUGGAUACGACUCGAGCACCUGGUGAAAUACAGCAACAAGAAAAUGAAUCACCCGAAGCUUACAUUGGCGGUGGUGCUUCAUCCAUCACGCAUAACAGCAACAUUGCCUAUCCGCCACCCCCUGCUAUUGCCAUGCGAAACACAGGCGAUCAGCCAUUGGCCAUUCAUUACAACCAGCACAUUGUAUUACAAUGCCUUACGACGGGUCUUGUAAGUCCUGUCAUGAUCAUCCGAAAAGUGGACAAAGCAUCAACCGUGUUGGGUGGAGCACGUUGUGGUCCUGAUGGUAUGGGUCAUGCCGCCGGUGGUGCUGCUGCAGGUGGCGGUGAAUAUGGUGAUGAAGCAUUGGGUGAUCCUGUAUCUCAGUUACACAAGGUUGCUUUACAAAUUGUACAAGAUCCUUCACAAGCAGUAGUAUCUCAUCAGCAUCAACAAGCCGCUCUGAAUAGUAUGGGGGAUCCAACUUCGCCCAAUGGAUGGAUGAUGCCACGAUCAACGCACCCUAUUACGUACCUUGCUUGUUUAAAUGACAUGGUUGGCAUGCACAAGACCAUUGAUUCACGCAAACCCGUUUCCAUACCAACGACGCAACAACCCAAUUCAUUUAUGGCAGCAACAGCAGCAGCUAUGGGUGCCACUGAUACAUCCUCCCCCUCAUCAUCAUCACCUUAUUAUCAUCCAUGGCAUGAUAUUACAUCACAAGAAGAAGGCAAGGUGGUUCGAAAACGACGCGUGUCAACAGAUCAUGCAUUCUUUAACGAUCCACUCAGCAACAACAACAAUGGCAAUGAUGAAAUGAGCAUGUUUCGACGUCGAGUCAAUAGUCUCGGCGACGAUUCAUUUUUCCGAGCACGACAUCAACAAGAGCCGAGACGUGGACGUCGUAUGUCAGUGGCCAGUGUUGGAAGUACAGGAUCAUCUUCAUCCACAAGUAAUAACAGCAUGAGUUUGGGUGCCUUUUGGUGCGAAGAUGUGUCGGAUGCUGCUGUAUGGACCAUUGUAGGCACGGAUUGUGCUACUUACAAGUUUUGGUCACCUCAUGCUGCUUCAACAGAGUCAUCAACAAUGGCAUCAGAAAAUACACCAUCACCAUCACCACCUCCACCACCACAGCCACCUUCAUCCAGCACUCAUAUCCCGUUUCCAUCACUCAACGAUUAUACGGUCAAUGGCGACGACAAGAAACAAGAUAACAACAACAACAGCAACAACUUGACAAUGACCCUUCAUGGAGAAAACUUUACACGCGAUAUGCAAGUAUGGUUUGCGGAUGUCAAGGCUCCUCAUCUCGAAUACAGAGGCCGUGAAUUGUGCUUGUGUCACCUCCCACCAAGACAUGAAUUAGUGACCUCUUUGCAUUUGGAUCAUGGUCCUGAAGGUGGUUUCCAAUUACCCAUCUUGCUGGUCCGAGGGGAUGGUGCCAUCGUCUACAAGACUAAUCACUAUUAUCGUUUCGGUUGA